ACCCUAAUGGAUAUGCAGCGCCAUUGUCAGAAAUAAUCUUUAUUUAUUUAGGGAUCAAUUAUAACGUGUACACACGACUGCUGGCUGGAUGUGCAAUCCCGUGACUGAAUCCCGUGACUGGGAUUCAUCACCACGUAACAAAAGAUUCUCAGCUCAGAGCAACAGCAAAUGUCGAGUCAUUCGCGAAGUUUGAAGCGCAACACUACUGACUGAAGAUGGCCUCCACUGAGGAGCUUAGUACCGACACGAACUUCUUGAACAUCACCACCGUUUUGGUUGGGUUGACUACCCUGGUUGCCAUUGCUCUGUACAGGAGCACUCGGAGGCCUGCCGGCGCACCGCCUGGCCCGACCCCAAUGCCAAUCCUUGGAAAUCUUACCACCUUCAUGAGCAAAAGGACACUUCAUGACGUCUUCAUCGAUCUGAGAAAGAAAUAUGGCACCGUUUUUUCACUCAAGUUUGCCUCAAAGAAUGUCGUGAUAUUGAACACCAUUGAUGUUGUCAAAGAAGCAAUGGUCAAACAGGCUGUGGAGUUUGCAGGAAGACCCAAGUCAAAUUCUGUUAGAUUGUUCUCACAGGGGUACAAGGAUAUUGUUUUAGGGGAUUAUGGUCCACAGUGGAAGUUCCAACGAAAGAUAGCUCAUUCUGCAGUCCGGUAA